GACCUGUGUGCACGAAGUCAUGACUGCGUGCAUCUCACUUAUCGCACAUAGUGUCUUCCUUGCUUUUGUUUGGUCUCGUAGAAGCUAUGUACGUGUGGGAUCCUCGUUCGGAUAACAGUGUUCUUUUGCCCGUUUGUCUGUCCAUUAUGAUUUCGUUUAGUCUUGCGAACGGAGCAAGACCGCAAAGUCUCAGUCUCCGCAAGACAGCUCCAGCUAGUAAGGAAGUGUUGACCACAGUGCAACUAGCAGUCAUGGAGUGCAGCCUUCCGGCCUCCUACUGUUCACCGACAAGGCCACCUGUGGCUCCACCUGCAGGGAGUGACCUGUGUGGGCCUCCAAAGGGGCUGCACGUCAACUUUGACACUGACAAGGAUGACCCACAGGACAGGCGCAAGAAGUACCUGACGGCAAAGUAUGGCCCACACCAAAUGAGUCUCAUCAAGAAACGUCUGCGUGUUGAGAUGUGGAUGUACGAACAGCUGCAAGUCCUAUACAGAAGUUCGGAUGACAACCACGAUAUUGAGAUAGACUUGGACGAGCUGCUUGACAUGGAAAGUGAUCGUCACCGAAGAGAGUUUCUCACUGCUAAACUUGCUGAUGCCAAGCAGAGCAGUGAUCACGUCCAGGCAUUCAUCACCGAAUUGCUUCAGCGAGCAAAGACACUGUGAACUGCUCUCUGGAACCUUUGUCCUAGUCAUCAGGACUUCCUCUUUGAUUGUGACAGCAGUGCUUUCAUGUUAUGUUUGUCUUGUUGAUUGUGAGUCCCACCCUUUUUUUUUUCCUCCAAACUUUUGUCCUGAGAUUCGCAGGUUUCCUGCAAGAUGCAGCUGUCUUCUCAGUACCAUCUUUGCUGCAAAUUUUGGUUGUGUUUAUCAUUCUAAAACUACACCAGAUGUACAUAAGAACUCUCACAAAUGCGUUGCACGUAGGUAUGCCAAAUUUAGUACUAUUGAGUCUUGUCGUGUCUUUGGAAACACACCUGUCUGUCAUUUUGGUUGAAAAAAAAAAAAGUGAAAGCUGUGCUUAUUGGUAGGCAUAUAGGCAAUCAUUGCAUUUUCUUUUUUUUCUUUUUCCAAUAUAUUGUCUGCCAGUGUUGCAAACAUUUAUUUUACUAUAUUUAGACUUCAUUAGACCUUUUAGUUUUCGGGUUUUAUGCUUCUCGAAAGUAGACCUCCCACUGUUCACAAGAAAAUGACGUCUAAUGGUACAACAGCGCUGCCAACUUCGUAGACUGCUACUAUAGAAAAAAAAAUCAAUAAGUAACAAGAAAGCCACAUUAAAAUACAGCAUUUGAUAUUGUAAGAAUUUUAUGUGAUUUCUUGCAUAUUAUUAUAGUUGUAUGGCCUUGUUUUGCUCCAGUCUACCGGCAGCCCUAUCUUUUCGGUAGCUCUUUCUAAAGAUGGCUACCAGGCUGAUCUGGGCUGUUACAUGUUCAAGAGCCUGAGGAGUACGGGUUUCACCUCGGAGUACAUGUGGUGUUUCUCGACAAAGCAAGACCACUAAAAGUCAUACUGACAAACCACACUCCACACAGGAUUACGACAUUCACUUUCGAUACAAUGCAACCAACCCUUGGGUGGAGCCUUCUUUCGUUUCUGCAGUGUACUGGGAACAGUAUAGUACAGUACAGUACAGUACAGUUGGUGAAGACACCAAAGCGACUAAAAAGAUGACCUCAUUUGUGUGUAUCAUUAAUACAAAGAAGCGAACCGUGACCUUCUUGAAGGAAUACGGCUUAGUGAAACAGCGAUGUUUUCCGUCCGCAUUGUUUCGGUUUCACUGUGUCUACCAACGUCAUAAUUAUGUUUCUUCGGUAGAGGUCUAUUGGAGGGGGCGAAAAUUGAGCCAUAUGAACAUUAGACGCCAAGCAGCUGUGCUGAAUGUGCAGAUACAAAUCUGGGCAAAAACAGGUUUCAUCCGGCUGAACCGGCAAACGAAAGUCACUAACUAUAUUUGCUUCAGGAUAUGGUAGGUUCAUCAAAUGGCAAUUUCUUUUCCUUGAAGUACUCAAAUAUUUAGAAAGAUUUGUGCCUUUACACAAACUUAUACUUAAUAUGCUACUCUUAUUUUUACUAAUGACAUUUAAACGACAUGUGGUGUUGCUCGAUACCAUGUGUGGAUCUGCCAUCUUGCUUCAUCAUGCAGUCUUAUCAUAUUUCGCACAUUUGACGAGGCAGUAUUAUUGCUCGACAUUAAAUCACAUUUGCUGUUGGAAGGCCCUCUGUAUUUUGUACGGGAAUACUAUGUGGCUUGGCACAAGUGUUUCCAGGCCUCUUGCAACGUGUUUGUUCCUGUGAUUUAGAUCCCCAUACCUCACCGAAGCUUAGCAGCAUGCCGUGGGCAUUUGGACAAACUCUUUGUUGCAAGCUGGAAGAGGAAUGCAAUGGCCAUUUUUGCUUUAUACACUUAGAUUUGCAGUACAGCCAGCAUCAUAUGGUUGCAUUUAGAUAGAGGGAGAGAGCACUGCAGUGUGUAUUCCUCAUAAAAAUAGCAGCUGCAUCUAUACCUGCAAGACUUGUAUUCACAUUGCAUUAUUCUGAUUCGCAUGUCCCUGAUAGCAUGUGCCAUUAUCUGCCUCUGUAUGACCAUACAACCUGAUUCGCUAUUACUGCAGACCAGCACAACUAGAGACAGGGAACAUUAAUAUAUCAGCACGAUAUAUAUGCUCUGUGUGCACACGCAUAUUUAUCUGUGAUACUUUACUAGCAUGCAGCAAAUUAGUGAGCCGAGAACACACCGCAGAAGAACUGCAAGAUUGCUAAAGCCCCUCUAGUUUUGUGUACAAGACCAUGAAAAGUCUCUUGGUCGAUGUGUGGAUGUGCACACAAGUAGCCUCGUAUUUCUGUGAACACAGCUUGGUGCUUUCGCAAAAUUAGUGGGUAGAAUUUGAACGCUACAUGCCGGACCAUUUUUACCUGCACUCAUGGUUAGCAGCGCAACUUCAGGUGACUUAAUCCUAUCCGAAUUAGUUUCUUCUAGGCCAGCUUACACGUGUUCUGUAGUGGCUGUUGUCAUUGUUUGUGUGGAUAUGACGAGUUUCAAAUUCAAAAUGCGUAAGGGAAUUUGAGUUUUCUAUUUGUGAUUGUGUGUUUGCACGCAGUGUACAGCAUACCGGGGUAACGAGCAGAAACAGAAUUAUUAUUCGUAGAUUUUUGUUUCGGUGGCUAGCAUAUUAACCCAAUUCAUCGAAUUCUUGCUUCAGUUUUCGGCGAUCUUGAGCAGUAUAAUUUAUGAUCACCAUAACAAAUCCACAUGGUUUGAAAUUCCUGGGCUGUGAGACACGGGGGCGUUCUCUUCAACCUGGCUUCAACCGUGUGUGCUUCUGCCGUGGAGAAUAGGUGGAGGAAGAGAUGCGGGAGAGGGCGCUCACUCUUGACCGUCCUAGCGGAACAUCAGGGAAACUAAACGCUAGCUGACGAGGAGACCCUCCCCUCCUUACUUCUCCCCGUGUGUAUGCUGCCGGCAAAUUAUGUUUAUCUGGUAUCUAUGUGUAUCUUGCAACAAAUUAUGUGUAUCUGUGUAUCUCUCGACAAAUUAUGUGUAAUUCUGGAAAUACUCUGAUUUCGAGCAAAAGGCCUCGCACGAGGGUUGUUGGGACUGAGGCGCUCCUGCCACACACAUUUAUUUCAGUUGCACUGGGGGCGAACUUUGUUUUUCCAGCGGCUCCUAUCAAACACCAUCUUCCUGGAGAGAAUACACUGCAAAUAUCACUGCCGCCAGCUUUUUUGGAACCUUGCACGCGUUUGAUGUUUCUACAUUGUGAUCAUCGAUGUUUAUGUAGCGUCUUGGACGUUCUUCUGCCAAAUGAGAAACUUGGCAAAGUUUUGUGAUCUCUCACAUAAUUAGAGGUGAGCGUGGAUAGAACUGACAGUAUCCGCAUCCGCACGGCAUCCACACAUGUAGGAUCUGCGACCGCAUCCGCAGCGGAUAUGGGGAAUGUGGUCACUGCAGGUCACUGCAUUUGUAGGAAAUGAAACCUGCAUGACAAAAAUGAUCUGCUAUACAAACAUUUUUACUCUUCAGCAUACAAACUCUCUCAGGAAUGUAGUCUACAGUUGUCCAAUAAUAGCAGUUAAAGUAGCAUCAGUUAAUCCUCUGCGUGCUGUCAGUUAUGUCAGGAUGUUAGGGGACGUAGAGGCACUGCGGCUUAUUUGUGGGUAAAAGGCGGAUAUCGGCGUGUACCGCGGAGGUGUUGGAUUUACCCGUGCAGGACAGUAUUCCUAUCCGCAAACCAUAUUGUGUGGCUAUCCGUGCGGAUCUGCGGAUAUAGCUGCACCCGCGCACCUCUAUGCAUAAUUCUGUUAUGGAGUGUUUUUCUUCCCACAUCUAUUAUAAAUAUUACACUGUUUAGAAAGUUUAUUGUCAUGCACAGUUAACUUAUUUUCUAGUUAUCAACAUACUAUAUAAUGCUAAAAGGGUUGUGGUUCUGUGAGUGGGGAAGUUGUGGUUAUCGUAUUUGUGACCUACAGAAUAAAUCUGUCUGGUGUGAUACUGUUAGGGGUACUCUGCACAUGAAAUGGUAGGGAAAUGUGUUCACAUUGUUGGAUUGUGCCAUGUUGCUAACAACGAAAAUAUGACUGUGAAACAUUUCAUAGAAACUGAUGGGGCCAUCAUGCACACUAACACCCUCUGUUAUUUUCCUGAACAAUGACACAGUUUCAUCUUUGCUCACUUUACCAGCAUCACAACGAUUUUUAUGGAAGUAAGGAAUUCGGCAUUGCUUGUUGUACCCAACUUUCAAGCUUGCAUGAGUGUCAUGACGUUCGCAAAAUGGAAUGCGAUAUAUUCAUGGCCGGACGUCCACUAUCCAGUUAUUCUACUCUAAUCUGAUAUGGUUAAAUUUUGAAUGCGACUUUUGCUGCGAAUGUUUUUUUGUGUAUAAAACAUUGUACUACGAGCAAGUAAUCCAUUCUUUAUUGACAUGUCACACAGCAUCGAUUUAUGAGCACAUAUUUAUGAAGUCCUGUUUUACUAUGGAAGUUGGAACAAACAAUAAAACUGAACAAAAAAAUUA